AUGAUUACAAUAAAUAGUGAUUCUGAUUAUGAGAGCACACAAAUACCUGUUCCACCACCUGAUGGUGGGUUCGGUUGGGUAAUAGUUUUUGCCUCGUUUUUAUGCAAUUGUAUAGUCGAUGAAAUAUCCGAAGAAUUUAAUGAAACGAAAGCCAAUACGGCUUGGAUUGGCUCACUUCAGGGCGGCUUUUAUUUAUUAUUAGGCCCUAUAGUGAGUGCGUUGGCCAAUGUGUACGGGUGUAGGAGUACAGCCAUAUUUGGCAGUGUUGUGGCCGCCGCCGGAUUUAUACUAUCGUAUUUCGCUACUAAUGUUACAACACUUUACUUUACUUUUGGACUCUUAGGGGGCAUAGGCUUUGGUUUUAUAUUUCUUCCGGCAGUAGUUAUCGUCGGUUUUUACUUUGAAAAGCGUCGGGCAUUUGCCACAGGAAUGGCUGUUUGCGGUUCAGAAAUAUCCGAAGAAUUUAAUGAAACGAAAGCCAAUACGGCUUGGAUUGGCUCACUUCAGGGCGGCUUUUAUUUAUUAUUAGGCCCUAUAGUGAGUGCUUUGGCCAAUGUGUACGGGUGUAGGAGUACAGCCAUAUUUGGCAGUGUUGUGGCCGCCGCCGGAUUUAUACUAUCGUAUUUCGCCACUAAUGUUACAACACUUUACUUUACUUUCGGACUCUUAGGGGGCAUAGGCUUUGGUUUUAUAUUUCUUCCGGCAGUAGUUAUCGUCGGGUUUUACUUUGAAAAGCGUCGGGCAUUUGCCACAGGAAUGGCUGUUUGCGGUUCAGGUAUCGGUGCUUUUGUGUUGGCACCGGUCACUCAACUUCUGGUCGAGUCCUACGGCUGGCGCGGAUGUGUCCUUAUAUUGGCCGGAAUUACACUGAAUUGCGCGGUCUUUGGAUCGCUGUUUAGACCCGUCGAAGAGAUCACAUUUAGAAAUCAGUCGCAAAAGCCGUUAUUAUUCCGGAUAAAAGAGGCGAGAGAUGCGCUCUGGACUGAGUCUGACAUCGAAGAAGUGGACGAAGAGUCGCCCACUGCUAGUCAUAACAGCGCUCCUCCGCCUUACUCUGAGAUCGUAGACAUCGUUAACACAAACAAUACAAACAAUAACACAAACAACAAUUCUUUAGCCAAUUCUACGCCAGAAUAUGAAAUACAAAGGGAUUCGUUAAAACUGCCCGACGAUGACAAACGUAGGCGACGGACGCGAAGCAUAUACGACGAGUCCAGACCAGAGCUUAUAUCGAGUGCACUAAGUCUUGUUGUGGUCCGCAGGAUGUCUAUCGCCACGAGUCAGACAUUAGAUAAAAGUGCGAACCGAUUGUCUUCAAUCAAAUCAAUCAAUGAGUCAAAGGAGAAAUCGUCGCCAGAAUUAUCCCAAGAAUUGUCUCAAUCCAAGAAAUCCAUCGCCUCUUCAAAGCAUUCAAACGCGUCAAACGAGUCGUCGAAAACAUGGUUCGCGUCUUUGAAGGAAACGUUUGAUUUGAGACUUCUCUCGAGUCCAUCGUUUCUAUUGCUGUCUUUAAGUGGAUUUCUUUGUUUGACUGGAUUUUUCAUUCCCUUCAUGUAUAUCGCAGAUCGCGCUAAGCUUUUGGGCUAUACACCAGAAAAAAGCGCUUUCCUGUUAUCAGUGAUCGGAAUAACCAAUACUAUCGGUCGUGUCUUCUGUGGAUGGGUUUCCGACAGACCCAAAGUCAAUGCUUUGCUGAUCAAUAACGUGGCCCUCACUAUAGGCGCCUGUUUCGCAACUCUUCGUUCGGUAAUAACCGUCGAGUUGUUAGGUUUGGAGAGACUGACCAACGCUUUUGGCCUUUUAUUGAUGUUUCAGGGAAUAGCGGUCACAAUAGGCUCACCGAUCGGUGGCUGGUUUUUCGACAUAACCGGCUCUUACGACAACUCGUUUUAUUUGUCGGGCUCUGCGAUCGCUUUAUCGGGUAUUAUGUGUUUCCCGUUGUCUGCAAUCUCAAAGUGGGAGAAAGGAAAGCCCGGUUUCGGGGCUAUUAAUUAAGUUAUUCUCACAAAACAAAAGUACAAUCAUUUUAUUAACACUUUUUCGAAAAAUAUAUAUAAAUGGUCACCGAAUUUGUGAAUUUAGUUAUUAAAGCAUUUAAAUCCUGUUUUUAUUAUUUAAAUUUUAUUUUACGAC